AUGGCAUCCCACAGUUUGCUUUGGACGACCUUCCGGCCUUUGCGAAGGAUAUUCACUUUGACCUUCUCAUCGAUGCUGGCGCCAGCGCAGCCUUGGGUCAACCACCGGCGACGCCCUGGGCCUGCGCAUCGGUGCGCACCACCUUGCAACUGCCACAUUGGCCCUUGGAGAUGGCUUUGCUGGGCGGCCCAUGUGGAGGUGCCAGCCUUCUUGGUGAGGACAGUAUUGUUGACAUCUACAUGCUUGAGGGGGGGCGAUCCUCCUUUGGAAAUACGGAAAGCGCUGGACAUGCUAUCUGCACAAGCAGCUCUGCGAUUCCCUGCUUGGCUGAAAGCUUUGCAAGAUGGCAGUUAUGACAUGUCGAUGCUGCAUGCCUGGCGUGCCUCAAAGCCCGCUCCAAAACAUUGUGCUGCUCCCAACCAGGGCUGCGUUUCCUGGCGGUGGCGAGGCCACUUCAUCAACCGCUUUGCGCGAUCACGAUUGAAGGGCGCACGAUCUGCGCGGUCAGAUGGGACUGAAGUCGCCUUCGACGUAGACGAGGUGCUUGGAAUGGAGAGUUUGGUCUUUCAAGCAGAUCGCUUGAAGUGCUUUGCUGCGUCGGCCCCGGGUGAGGUGGUUGGCAGUGUUGGGUCCAGGGCUUGGGUUCGAAGCCAGGAUGCUUUGCUUUGCUGCAACUUCCGCGUGGCGUUGCAACAAGGAGAGAUUCUUGCCUCGCGUGGUGCUGCAGGAACGUCUAGCAUACCAUUGGAUUUUGAUGGGGAUGCCUGGUUGCCCGGGAAACGUGUGGCAGAGGAGCCUUUUGUCAAAGGAAAACGACAAGCGCAGUUGCCCAAACCACACCGCAAGGUGCCGAUCUUCCGGCUCGACUUUGAGCCUGGUUUCGUUGAGUCUUUCACCUCCAAGUGCCGCGAAAUCCUUUGCAGCGGACGGCCGCUGAGCGAGAACUACUAUGUGAGGCAGUUCGAGGAAAGUUUUGCACAGCUUAGCCACGUUCCUUUUGCUUUGGCUACCACGUCUGGCACGCAAGCUUUGGCCAUUGCGCUGCGAGCCCUGGACGUUGCCGGCAAGGCGGUUGUCAUCCCAAGCAACACUUUCUUCGCGACGCAAGUGGCAGCGCUGAAUGCUGGGGCCAACCUUGAGUGGGUGGACAUUGAGAAAGAGUACAUGCAGGUCUGCCCGCGCAGUUUGGAGGCGGUUUUGCACCGGCAUCAACACGGAAGGGUUGGUGCUGUGAUUUUAGUGCACAUCGCUGGAAUCAUUUCCCCCAACUUUGCCCAGAUCCGACGACUCUGCCAGACCUAUGGGGCCCCGUUAGUCGAGGACGCGGCCCACGCUCAUUUGGCGUACGGCAGCGAGCAUGCAGGCGCCAUUGGUGAAGUGGCCGCCUUCUCCUUUUUUCCGACCAAGGUGAUGACUGCCGGCGAGGCAGGAAUGAUCACCACAUCCAACGAGGCGCUCUUCAAGAAGAUGCAGAGCAUCAAAGAGUUUGGCAAGGACAUCGAAGGCCCCAGAUCCAGACUGGUGCAAGUGCUCGCCAACGCCACGAAUGGCCGCAUUUCAGAGUUCACAGGUUUGCUUGGACUUCUUGAGUGUGGCCGCGUCAAAGAACGCAUCCAGCGUCGAAAUGCCUUGCUGGAACGUUUCGUGCAGAAGUUGAAGAAGACGCACUACCGGGUGAUCACGCAGCCUGAAGGUCAAAGUUCCGCCUACAAAUGCGUGGUGGUUUUGGAAGGACACCUUCGUCAGCGCCGAGAGGAGCUAAGAACCUAUGCCUUGGAGAGAGGCGUCACUUUUACAGCAGAGGUCUAUUUCAGGCCAGUCCAUCGCAUGCCAGCCCAUGCUGAAGAUGGAUUGCCUGUGCAUUUGCCAGUGACAGAUGAGAUGUGCGAGAACCAUGUUUGUCCUCCUUUGUAUCCGGAGCUCACCUUCGACGAUGUGGAUUACACGUGUUCAGUGAUGAAUGACUUCGCAGAACUUCCUGAAGCGAAGCGCCAGAAGAUGUGA